AUGGAGGAUGACGAAAACCCGUCAGGACAUUUAUUCAGUAUUGAUGAAAAAUACAAAAUGGGCCUGCAGACACAUAGAGAGAGACAGAUCUCACACAACUGCUCAGAUUCAUUGGUAUUUACUCAUUCAACUGUGUGUAUAACCGAACAAGCAAUGCUCUCUGCCAAUCUCCGCGAGAACAACAGCCAUAUCCAUGGCAAUAACGCUACUGUGGGACAGAAUACCAACACAGAGGUGGACCCUGCAUUGCGAGAGCAAUCCUUGGGAUUGAAUUUCGAUUUGGGCUCAGAUGCAUCCAUCACCAAUUUGACAAAUAAUCUGACUUCAUCAUCUAAGAAUCAAAUGCAAAGACCUAAUGGUCUGUUAGCCUCGCCUCUUCAUAAUGCAGCAGCAGCAGCAACAGAAGCAGCAACAGGGACAACGGCAACUAACAAUUGCAAUGGUGAAGUUCCAUCCACAAAUGCCAUAACAAAGCAGAUUUUAAACAUGUUGCAGACUGAUCCCACAUCAAGUGCGAAGGGGUCGAGUAUAGAACCCGUGAUAACAUCCGCUAAUAUGGCAAGUUCAUUAUUAAUGAACCCUGCACAUGACCGCUCACAUACAAAUUUACCAGAAUUAGAUACCACAUCAGCAGUACCAGGAGCCGCUCCACAUUCUGUCGUGACUUCAACAGGAACCUCAUCUAGGGAAACAAAGACGCCCUUGACCUCGGAGGAUCAAUUACGUUUGUUUCAAAGAAUGGAGGAAAUGUCUACGAGGAUGAUUAAGAUGGAAGAGAAUUUUACCAAGUUGAUGAAGCAGAUGGAGGGGAAUUCUCAACUAAUGGAGAAUUUCAUGAACCAAAACACUGAUCAGAAGUCAUUCGUCAUUGACUUACUAAAUUCCAUAACGAAUGUGAGUGCGACCUAUUUACAAAAGAUUAAAGUACGGUCAGAAUCUAAUUCUGCUCAAAGUACAGGAACAAAUCCCCUUCUGUUUAACGAUACGCCGUUGAAUCACAAUGUUAGUAAUACGAAUAUUAUGAACGGGGGUACCAAUCUAAGGAAAGAUGAUUAUUCAUUUGUACUGAAUCCCAAUGGGAUCAAGAGAAGGAAAAGAAAUGUCGUCAUGCCUUCCACCUCCACUUCUGCAAACCCAAAUUUGAACUUGAAUGUCCCUAUUACAGACACACCGAUGAACAACGUUGAGCCUAAUAUAAAUCAUCUUAUUCAUAGUAUGAGUGAGAGUAAUAUAAGUAAUUUGAUGCAAUUUCGAAAGAUGAAUCCUAAUGCUUUGAAACGUAGUAAUGUGGCAAACAACAAUAAUAAUCCAUUGACUAAUCAAAUGAAUAUGCCACCAACUAGCAGCAAUAAUAAUAACAAUAGUAAUAAUAACAAUGCCGGCAGUGGAUCACGACCUAGGCGAAACAGUAGUCAUAGUAAUGGAGGGGUAGAUGAAGAAGGGUAUCAAGAAGAUGAUGAUGAGGACGAGGAUGAGGGUAGGCCCAAGACCAAAAUAAAAUCAACACAAGAUGAUGACGAGGAAGAUUUCACAGAUGAUGAAGAAGAAGACGUGGAAGAUGAUUAUGAUUCCUUGGACGAUGAUGAAGAAGAUGAAAUCGAUGAGGAUGUAAUGGAUCCAACAAAGUCAGGAAAUAAUAAGAAGAAAUCUAACAAGAAGAAAAGAAAAAGAAUAGACUCUAAAUUACAAAAUAAUAGAUUGGUCCCCAUAUUAUCUGCAUCAAAGGACCUAAAUUCUAUUAAUACUGGCAAUGGUGUUGGAAACAAUAGUGUCAAUGGGGAAAGUAAGGCAAAUGCUAUGGUUAAUCGUGGAGACGUAGAAAUGAAUGAUUCCACAAGGCCUGACUUAAAUUAUACAUUGAUCAAGGCUCCGAGUAGUGUAAGAACUAUAUGGGUGGAAUACUUGUAUGGAGUGAAUGGAAAUCCAUCAAUACGGUUUCUGGAAGAAAAAUAUGGAAAUAAAUGGAGGUUGAUGAGAAAUAAGAAGACUUUUUCGAGGAGAAAAAGGUUAUACAAGUUUAUCUUAAACGGUAUUGAGAAGGGCAAAACCGCGGACGAAAUGAUUGAUAUUCUGGAGGAAAGACGAGUCUACAGGGACGAGAAGGGUGUUCUUAAGAAAAGAACUAUUGGAUGGUUACAGCAGAGUUUGACUGGUAUUUGA